AUGUCGGACGCUGCUCCAGCUCUCCUUGUUAUCCUGAUCACCAUCCUUUUACCACCUGUCGGCGUGUAUCUCGUCGCCGGCUGCGGAGCCGACCUCUUUAUCAACAUCUGCCUUACUCUCCUGGGCUAUAUUCCUGGCCACAUCCACGCCUUCUAUGUCGAAUAUGUUUACUUUGACCGCCGAGAACGUGCAAGACACGGCCAGCUUGCUGGCCGUCCCGCACCUGGGGUCUACGCGGAUCGAGUGCAGAAUGGUGGAUUCCAAGGGUACGGCACGAUGUGA